AUGGAUUUCCUCCUGGCGCUGGUGCUGGCUUCCUCGCUCUACCUGCAGACGGCUGCCGAGUUCGAUGGGAGGUGGCCCAGGCAGAUAGUGUCGUCCAUUGGCCUGUGCCGUUAUGGAGGAAGGAUUGAUUGCUGCUGGGGCUGGGCUCACCAGUCCUGGGGACAGUGUCAGCCUGUGUGUCAACCACAGUGCAAACAUGGUGAAUGUGUCGGACCAAACAAGUGCAAGUGUCACCCUGGAUAUGCCGGAAAAACCUGCAAUCAAGAUGAACACUCCUACCCAACUCCUCUUGACCAAGGCAAUGAGCAGCCUCUUUUCCAACCCCUGGAUCAUCAGGCCACAAGUGUACCUUCAAGGGAUCUAAAUGAGUGUGGCCUGAAGCCACGGCCCUGUAAGCACAGGUGCAUGAACACUUACGGCAGCUACAAGUGCUACUGUCUCAACGGAUAUAUGCUCAUGCCGGAUGGGUCCUGCUCAAGUGCCCUGACAUGCUCCAUGGCAAAUUGUCAAUAUGGUUGUGAUGUUGUCAAAGGACAGAUCCGGUGCCAGUGUCCCUCGCCUGGCCUCCAGCUGGCUCCUGAUGGGAGGACCUGUGUGGAUAUUGACGAAUGUGCUACUGGAAGAGCCUCCUGCCCGAGAUUCAGGCAAUGUGUCAACACUUUUGGAAGUUAUGUCUGCAAGUGUCAUAAAGGCUUCGACCUCAUGUAUAUUGGAGGCAAAUACCAGUGUCAUGAUAUAGAUGAAUGCUCCCUUGGUCAAUAUCAAUGUAGCAGCUUUGCCCGAUGUUACAACAUACACGGGUCCUACAAGUGUAAAUGUAAAGACGGAUAUGAGGGCGAUGGACAGAGUUGUGUGUAUAUUCCAAAGGUCAUGAUUGAACCUUCAGGUCCGAUUCACGUGCCAAAGGGAAAUGGUACCAUUGUGAAGGGUGACGGAGGCCACAGUAAUUGGAUUCCUGAUGUUGGAAGUACUAGAUGGCCGUUGAAGACACCGUAUAUUCCUCCUGUCAUUACCAACAGGCCCACUUUUAAGCCAACUACAAGACCCACACCAAGGCCCACACCACAGCCUACCUUUCCCCUCCCGCUGCCACCAUCUACAGUGUUUAGAACCCCUCCACCACCACCAGUCCCACCAAGGCCCACCACCAGAUUGACAACUAUGGCACCGGCUACCAGUACAUCGCCAAGUGUGAUAACAGUGGACAACAGGAUACAGACCGAUCCUCAGAAACCCAGAGGAGAUGUGUUCAUUCCACGGCAGCCUUCAAAUGACUUGUUUGAAAUUUUUGAAAUAGAAAGAGGAGUCAGUGCAGAUGAUGAAGCAAAAGAUGAUCCAGGUGUCCUGAUACACAGUUGCAAUUUUGACCAUGGCCUUUGUGGAUGGAUCAGGGAAAAAGACAGUGACUUGCAUUGGGAACCUAUCAGGGACCCAGCAGGUGGACAGUAUCUGACAAUCCCAGCAGCCAAAGGCCCAGGGGGAAAAGCUGCUCGCUUGGUACUACCUCUCGGCCACCUCAUGCAAUCAGGGGACCUGUGUCUGUCGUUCAGGCACAAGGUGACUGGGCUGCACUCCGGCACACUCCAGGUGUUUGUGAGAAAACAUGGUGCCCAUGGAGCAGCCCUCUGGGGAAGAAAUGGUGGCCAUGGCUGGAGGCAAACCCAGAUCACCUUGCGAGGGGCUGACGUCAAGAGCGUCAUCUUCAAAGGUGAAAAGAGGCGUGGUCACACUGGGGAGAUUGGAUUGGAUGAUGUGAGCUUGAAAAAAGGCCACUGCUCUGAAGAACCCUUGCAACUCCAGAACUAGCAGUGAACUCCUAUGUUGCUCUCUCUCUUCUUUUUCCAAUUCUCACCUCCUCUCCUCUCCUCAUUCUUACCAGGCCUAGGAGAAGAGUGGGUCAGGAGGGAGUCUGGUUGGUGACUCACAUCUUGUUGGCCUGGUUUUGUGCAAUCCCAAUGAACAGUUAAACCUUCCUGGACAUAUAAGGGGCAUCUGUAAACACAUCCCAGCCUUUGUUCAGUGUUCCCUCCCAUCCUGUGUUGUUUUCGUAUGUGUAAUCCUGACUACCUUUCACUCUGGUCAUAAGGUGCUCCUUAGGGAAAAUUACGGGAGAAGUUUUCAAAAGAAAUCUUCUGUGCAAAUGGCCACAUCCUCUUAUCUGUUCAGUGUUGUACCAGAUUAGUAUUGAUGAGUAGUAUUGACUCUCUUUAAGAUAUGAUAUAUAAUGUGCUUGUGAAAUUGGUCUAUUCUCUACAUUU